UUCAGAUAUGACUGCUGGAUCCAUUCCAGUCCCCACCGUAGUGCCUCUCAGAGUACCCGGUCCAGGGGAGUCCAAAUUUCAAAUAGAUUCCAACACCAGGGUGGAAUUGAGGAGUGCAGUUCCAUCCUCGGAGAACGUGUCCAUAUACUACACUAUCAAUGGAACCAGGCCAGAUCCGCUCAACAAGGGAAAUCACUUGCAUAAGAGUACAUACUUGUAUCAAGGUCCCUUCACCCUCCCUCCGGGAAAAAUAACUCUGAAGGCGUUGGCCUGUCUGGCUAAUGGGAAAGAGAGUGGCGUGAACACUAAGACACUUCACGUGACAUUCGUAGAUGCUGGGCAUGGUAACGAGCAGGCUAAUUGGGAUGACAAUGACAUCAGUUUCAAGAGGACGAUGGCGGCUGCUGGUGGCACUGGGAAGUUGAAUGCAAUGAACACUGACACGUGGGUGCUCGCUGGUCCAACUUCACGCAACUCCAUCGGACCAGAGUCGAAGUUGUUCAACAAACAGAGGACACCCCCAAUGCCCACGACUUCUCCAGACCACCACAUGAACAUCACUUCAUCCAUGUCUCUUAGGAACUUCUCCCCCCAGAGGUCGAUUAUGAGGGAGAAAACGGGGGAUCUGUCGUUCGAAAUGAACACCAACAGGUUCUAUCCCAAUCUUGCCGGUGACUUGCCCCCCAAAAGCACCCAAACAGCCAUGCGAGUAUCAAGAGAGACUGACUUCCUAAGAUGCAUCUGCUGCUACGCCAGGCGACCCGCAGAUCCCAAUGCGAAAUUCUGCAACGAAUGCGGAUACCCUUGCUCGCCCUUGACUGAAAAACAACUACCCCCACCCGAGCCAGGCCAAAUGGGACAGUGUAUCAAGUGUCAAUCGACUGUGCCUCUGAAUACGGAUAAAUGUGUGGUUUGUGAGUUCGAUUUGGCCCAACAGUUUCAACCACAAGCGACCUUGAGGACGACUGAGAAAAGAAAGUGUGUGGAGUGUUUCGCUCUAAACCCGCCAAGUGUAGAUUUCUGUCUCAAAUGCGAAGAGAAAUUGAGUCCCCAGGUUGUGAGCGUGAAGAAUAAUUUGGACAAACCACCGAUCAAUAUUUCAGCUCUGCUGAUGGAUGAUGAAUCGAUGAUGUCAUGUUCCAAAUGUGGUCGGGUCAACAGUGCCGAUGCAAGGUUCUGUGAUUGGUGUGGUACGAAACCUAAACAUCCGACCACAGUCUCAAACUGUCUCAAAUGCUCGGCGUCUAACCAGCCCUAUGCUAGAUUCUGCUCCACUUGUGGUGCAGUCCUGGAAGCGCCUGAGCGUCCGGAUCCGAGGAACAGUGGACUGUUGCUGUCUGGAUUACCGGUUAAAGACGCGAUAAAGACGCUGGAUAGUCGUGCAACGGCAACAUGGCUUCAAAUGAGUCACAGACAGCCCACUAAGAUGGAGACGUCGACUGUCCAGACCCAAACGGUUGGACUGUUUUACCCGUCGACGAAGACGUUAGAAAAGUUUCUGGCAGAGGAUGAAUCGCGGAAAGUGUUCAAAGAAGAGAAAAAGGUUCCUCUUAGUGCGAUUAGUCCCGGAAAAGGAUACUGGCGACAAAACGUGGACUUCAUAGCGAACCACCUGAAAGCACACACUCAAAAUGACCAAGACUUCCGGAAGAUGAUCGGAGAUCCCAAAUUGGGUAAACUAAUGUCGGCAACUAUUCACGAAGACGGCCACGAGUUCAGUUUGGUGUUGAACUUCCCGAUACGAUCUGGGAAUAACAGGGAAGGUUUUGCAGGCGUGGGUGGGUUGUCAUCGGGCCAUGUAGACCCAUUCAAGGGUAAGAACAUGUCAAUCAGCCGGAACACAGUAGUGGGUGGGUUCCCGACUAGGAGUGGAACAGGGGGGAAGCUGCUUUUGAGUGAGGAUGAGAGUGAGACUGACCCUAGUGAUGUGGAGACUGCGGUUCACUCUCUUGUGUCCCAUAAGGAUAAAGAUAUAUUCGGAAAUACGAAACAGAAAGUCAAACAUACAAAGAAGAAAGCGGCGCCUAAGAAGGCUCACAAACAAGAAAACAGUCAUUUGAGCUCAACUAAUCGACUCCUAUUCAACGAAGUGAGUGACAAAGGAUCGGGCGACGUAGAAACCCUCAAACAACUGCUAUUUGAAGACGGCGCCGAAGUCAACUGUGCCAAUUCGGCUAAUGAGUCUCUUCUAGUUGUGGCUGUGAGGAACAAAAGGGAAGAGUGUGUGAAAACUUUGAUAAGUCACGGGGCGGAACUGAACAGAAAAGGAGGACCCAUUGGGAAUACUCCGCUACACGAGGCUGUGUUACAGGGCAAUGUAGCCGAACCAAUUGUGAAAGAACUGCUCUCGGCUGGAGCGAACACGAACAAGAAGAACGACAAAGGGCAGACGGCGAUCUCAUUGGCUAACGAGAAGGGAUACGAGAAGAUAGUAGAAGCUCUGGCUGUUAAUGUAGGGCAGGAGUUGCUGGAUAGAAUGUAUGAUUCGAAACUGGAUGCAACUGACGAGAUGAACUAUUAGUGUAAAAAGGAAAAUAUCGAAUCGAAACUUUUAAAUUGUAAAAUAGCUCGAAAAGGUUUGUUUUUUAUCUACUAUGUAAAUAAAAAAUAGAGUAAAAAAUUACAUAUUGUAAAUAAAAUGUACAAAUUUUAAUGGAAAUCAGUAAAUUGUGUAACGUGCAAACUGAUUGAAAUUUACGUUUAUAAUGGUAAAAUUUGAAUUGAGUUGAAAGUGCAAAAUCU